GGGCAGCGCCCUCACCGCCCCGCCGCGCAUGCGCGCUGCCUCCGAGUUGGGAGAGGGGGGUGCGACGGCGGGGGCGUCGCGAUGGCGGCCGCGGUGGGCCGCUCUUCCUCGGCGGGCUCCGCCGCCGUGAGCGAGCUGUGCCAGAACGGCCGCGACGCCUUCCUGGAGGCCUCGCGGCUGCUGCUGGCCUACGCGGACAACAUCCUGCGGAAUCCUUAUGAAGAAAAAUAUAGAUUAAUUCGGAUUGGAAAUCCAGCAUUUUCCACGAGGCUGUUGCCUGUCAGAGGAGCAGUUGAAUGUUUGUUUGAAAUGGGAUUUCAAGAGGGAGAAACUCACCUGAUUUUCCCUAAGGAAGCAUCGAUUGAGCAGCUACGUAAAAUCAGAGAUCUAAUUGCUGGAGAGAGGAGUAGCAGACUGAAUGAGUCGAAUCAGAUCCAUAGACCAGGAUCCUCUGAAGCUGUAGCCAGCACUCAGACAGCUGCGCAUCAGCCUUCAAGACCUGCUGACCCCGUUCGUGCCCCUGCCCAGCAGCAGCUGGAAACACCACUUGUGCAAUCUCUCGAAAUGGCUGCAAAUAUCUUGAAAGCACUUCAAAGCAACUUUGAGCAUGUGUUAGUAUAUGAGGAUCCUUCUCUUCAGCAGAAAGCACUAGCUUCAAUUCCCCUCCAGCAAUUGAAAGGGAAGGCUCAGAAAAAGUUAGCACAAGCUACAAGACUGGACAAAGGUGCGCAUGUGAAUGAAGAGGACUUCUUGUUGUUGGAGCUCUUGAACUGGUUUAAGAAUGACUUUUUUCAUUGGGUAAAUAGUCUUCCUUGCAGCAGGUGUGGUGGGCAAACAGAACAUAAAAGUGACAAGCUGACACCGACUGAUGAUGAUCUAAGGUGGAAUGCUAGUCGAGUGGAAAAUCAUUACUGUAACCAGUGUCAGUUCUGUAAUAGAUUCCCAAGGUAUGGUAAUCCUGAGAAACUUCUGGAAACCAGAUGUGGACGCUGUGGCGAGUGGGCUAACUGUUUUACACUGUGCUGCAGAGCUGUAGGGUUUGAAGCCAGAUAUGUCUGGGACUGUACAGAUCAUGUAUGGACUGAAGUAUAUUCUUCAUCUCAGAAAAGGUGGCUUCACUGUGAUCCCUGUGAAAAUGCCUGUGAUAAACCUCUUCUCUAUGAAACUGGGUGGGGAAAGAAGCUCUCCUACAUAAUUGCGUUCUCCAAAGAUGAGGUUGUUGAUGUCACCUGGAGAUACAGCUGUAAACAUAAAGAAGUACUCACUAGAAGGACAGCGCUUAGUGAAGCUAUACUACGUGAAACAAUUAACACACUCAAUAGAAAGAGACAACGAUCCCUGGCAGAAAGCAGAAAAAGAGAGCUCUUGCAAAGAACAAUCGUGGAGCUUGUUGAGUUCAUUUCUCCUAAACCACCUAAACCAGGAGAAUUUGGUGGAAGGACAUCAGGUUCAAUGGCUUGGCGAGUAGCCAGAGGUGAAGCUGGUUCAGAGAAGAGAAAAGAAGUAAUUUUUGUUCCCUCUGAAAAAGAGAAGACAUCUAAACUCUUCCACCUCAUCUACAAUAUAGUAGAAGAUAGUUAUAUACGGAUUUCCAAUAAUAAUGAAAAAAUAACUGGCUGGGAAGCUGGUGUUUGGAAGGCAGAGUCUAUUUGGAGAAAGGUUGAAACAGAUUGGAAAAUGGUUUAUUUAGCCAGAAAAGAGGGGUCAUCCUCUGCUUCCAUCAGCUGGAAGUUUGAAUGCAAGUCAGCUGGUCUAAAAAUAGAAAACGUUUCAAUUAGGACAAGCAGUCAGACAUUUCACAGUGGAAGAAUAAAGUGGAGAGUUUACUCUCCCACAACAGAAAUUGCUCUCUUAGGAGAUAAAAAUCUUUGCUCCUACUCAGAUUUUUGUGGUGCAACGGAAGUUACAUUGGAAGCAAUUCUAAACGGAGGGGAUGGUGAAACUGCAUGGCAACACACACAGCUGUUCAGAGAAAGCUUAACAGGAUGCGGAGAAAAUUGCUUGGAGAUAAUUAUAAAACUACUGACCUCUGAGAGCCUGAAAUAAAGAGUGAAAUAAAUCAUCUCUGGAUUCCUUGAAGCCACUAUGUCAUGGAUACAACAUGAAGACUUGGUUGGCAGUCCCCGCUUAUCCUGUUGGCAGCUUAUUUCCUGUUUCAAUCCAUCAGUUUAGCCAACUUGAAACUGCAGAAGUGUUGAAUAGGUAAACAUCACAAUGAAAACCUUCUUCAUUUUAAAAACACCAAAAUUAAGGGAUUGAAUCAUUAAAGUAAUACCCUUUGCUUAAACUUUGAAGAAAGGAAAGCAGAUUUUAGAAACCAAAACAUGAUUGUAGGAGCACAGAGCAAUUUUAAUUUGAAGUUUUGAGGUUGUCUUGCUGAUUUAUUUUUUUUAAUAAUCUACAUCUUGGAAAAACAGUUUGAAUUUCAUUUUCUGGUUGCAACAGACAUUGUGAUUAUUUUAAAAUAUUUUAAAGAGUAAUAGAAGCCUUAGACAUUUUAAAAGAAAAAUCUGAUUUUAUGUAAUAACCAGAAAAGCUGAAAUAAGAGAAAUAUUGAAGCAAUCUUAAAAUAAUAUUGUUAUAUAUCUAAGUAUUAAACUUGUUUUAAUACCUAGAAAUGUUUGGACAUAUGAUUAUGCUAGGAAAAUAAACUAACUUUGAAAGAAAUAUUCAUUAUGUACCUAAAAUUUUGUCAUGGCUUGCGAUAUGAAAUUUAGAUUUGAAAAUGAAUAAGAGCAUCAGAAUCUUUUUAUAUGCAAAAAAAUAUUCAUUAUACAUGUUCUUUUAUAAUAUAAAUUCAAAUUUAUGCACCUUUUUACAGAUUUAUGAAGUGUAUAGGUCGAAAUAAUUUUUUUUAGCUAUUGUCUUGAGGUGCUUUUAAUACUGUUCUCAAAUUUGAUGCACAAGUGUAUACAAUUUUUCUGUUCCUUUAUGCAAUGUUUAAAUUUCUUUGCAUUGGAUAUAAUAAAACUGCCACCCAGGAGAUAUCA